CCGCCGAUGACGAUUGACAUUAAUUUUAGAUGCAGCGAUUCCAGCCAAUCCUGGUAGAGAUUUAGCACAUUUGUAAUAUAAUUCAGUCAGGAACAAAUAGCACAAUGCCUUUAGGAUCAAUCUUCGGCAAGAAGAAGCAGGCUCACGCUCCUUUAGUCGACAAUCCGCCGCCAAAUAUGUCCGCGCCUCCCUCGACUCCAGCUACAGAUUCACAGCGGACAAAUGGGGCGGCAGGGGGACAAACUCAGGGCCCUGGGAAAGAGGUUACUGCACCGAGACACACAUUAAAGUUCCACUGUCAACAGGCUCAUGGUAGUCCCACUGGUAUUAUAUCUGGAUUUACUAACGUGAGGGAAUUGUACCAGAAAAUAGCCCAGUGCUAUGACAUUUCACCAAGCGAGAUCCUCUUCUGUACACUUAACACACACAAGAUAGAUAUGACGCGGCUUCUAGGCGGUCAAAUUGGUUUGGAAGAUUUCAUAUUUGCUCAUAUACGAGGACAGCCGAAAGAAUUGGAUGUAACAAAAUCAGAAGAUGCACUAGGACUUACUAUCACAGAUAAUGGUGCAGGAUAUGCCUUUAUUAAACGCAUCAAAGAGGGUAGCAUUAUGGACAAAACUCCCUUUAUUGCUGUAGGAGAUCAUAUUGAAAAAAUUAAUGAAAAAAGUUUAAUAGGCUGUCGCCAUUUUGAGGUGGCAAAAAUGUUAAAAGAAAUCCCAAAAGGCUCAACUUUCACCAUACGAACAGUAGCACCAAUGCAGUCAGGAUUCUCGAAUAUUGGGCCAAACACCGGAAACAAGAAAUCAGGCAGUGUAGGAACAGGCAAACAAACACUGAGGUUGCGGUCCACAGGUCCAGCUACAGUUCAAGAGGAUGAUGGUGUUGUUGGCGUGGCAACAGACAAAAUAAAUAACUUGCUGGAGUCAUUCAUGGGCAUCAAUGAUGAAGAGCUAGCCCAAACAAUUUGGGAACUUGGAGAGAACCUCAACAAUCCCCAUAACUUUGCUGAAGCUAUAGAUGAAUCGGACCUUGGCGCAUUUGGGUUCACAGAUGACUUUAAGUUUGAUCUAUGGGGCGCUAUAUCAGAUGCCAAAUCGGGCCGUUUGGUCAAAGCCCAGGAAUUUAAUGAACAAUUCUAGCAAAUCUGAUGCAACACUUCUACUGUGUUUGUGUAUAUUUGUACAGUGAUAUGUGGAUAUGAAAGAUACCCAAGAAUCGACAAAACAGAGACUUUAUAUCUAAUUAUCCCACCGAACAAAGUUCAUGUAGGGAUAUUGAGAACUUAGUUGAUCCAUCUGUUCAUGAAUUCACCUGAUCAUCCAUCUGUCUGAAUGACAACUCAGUCACAGGCUUAUGCUAAAUAUAAGCAUAAGACUUCUGCUUCUGCAUGACUUUAGGGGUCACUCAUUAUAAAAUUGCUGCCAUUUAAUGUUAAAAAUUAACCUUUGUCUAUAACUUGAACAUUGAUUUGUUUGAUUUACAUGAUUUGUUAGGUGGGAUCUGCUGCUCCCUGGAGUUGCUGUUUUUCU